AUGCGGUUGAAGCCAUUUGCCUAUCCGUUGCCUGAAACAAGGUUCCUUCAUGCAGGCAGGCUGGUGUACAAAUUCAGAAUCCGAUAUGGCAACUUCAACAGUGCUCCGGAUCUCGACCGCACUGACAGUGCUGCCAAGGAGUUAGAGGAAGCAAUUCGAGUAAUCCUUGGAAAUCUAGAUGACUUACACCCGUUUUCUACAGACCAUUUCACUGUCUUUCCCUACAAAUUUUUUUUUGAAAGAGUAUCAAGGAUGAGAUUCCACCACGAGAAUGUGCUUCUUGUGCCUUAUCCCUAUGUUUGCACUAUGUAUCUGGAACUGAACUCAUUCCAGCAAAACGUAUCUUUUG